AUGCAGGAGCUACGCCACAGGGUCCAGAACUUAGAGCGACAGCUAGCCGACCGGGAGCGGGAUGGACGGUCUACCGAUCCCAGCUUUACCCCAUCUCCCGGAAGCGAGGAGGAAGACUCUCACCGAAGCCACCAGCGACGUACAUCCGCUUCCCGGACGGAAGCGGAAAGCACGCGGGAGGAGUCGCCCGUAAUGAGAAGGCGGAACGACAGGAUCAUAUACUCCCGAGGCAGAACAACCCGCCGAACAGCAAGAGGCCAUGAGGACGGGGAAGGGAGAUCCGAGAGAACACGGCAACCCGUCAUAAUGGGUGCCACCCCGUUCCACCGAUCUAUCCUCGAGGUCCGGUUGCCGAAACACUUCGACAAACCAACGGACAUGAGGUAUGACGGGACUCAAGACCCCCUAGAACAUCUCACGGCCUUCGAAGCCAGAAUGAAUCUAGAGGGAGUAGGCGACGAAGUAAGAUGCCGCGCCUUCCCGGUAACCCUAGCAGGACCGGCGAUCAGAUGGUUUAACGGCCUCCCUCAAGGUUCCAUCUACAAUUUCUCAGACAUCAGCCGCGCCUUCCUGGCUCAAUUUACAACGCGAAUAGCAAAGGCCAAGCAUCCUAUCAACCUUCUCGGGGUAACCCAGAGACAGGGUGAACCGACCAGGAGGUACUUAGAUCGGUUCAACGACGAAUGCUUGGAAAUCGACGGCUUAACCGACUCGGUGGCCAGUCUCUGCCUGACGAACGGCCUCCUCAACGAGAACUUCCGAAAACACCUUACCACGAAGCCGGUUUGGACAAUGCAUGAAAUCCAAACGGUGGCAAAGGAGUACAUAAACGACGAGGAGGUCAGCCGAGUCGUGGCUGCCAAUAAGCGGCAGUCCGGUUACGGCCAGGCCCGGCAGCCCGGUGGAGACGGUGAGAGAGUAAAAGAAAAGGCUAGGGAGGAGGCAUCAAACAAAGCACCUAGGCCGUUCCCUCGAGUUGGGAAAUUUACUAACUACACUUCACUCACCCUCCCCAUCGUGGAAGUCUAUCAACAAAUAGCUGAGAAGGGAAUUCUUCCGAAGCCCCGACCACUCAAGGACCGCACAGGUGGAAACAAGAACCUUUAUUGUGAUUACCAUAAGGGAUAUGGCCAUCAAACACAUGACUGUUUCGACCUGAAGGAUGCAUUAGAACAAGCGAUAAGGGAAGGAAAGCUAGCGCGAGAAGGCAUUAUCGCGAUCAAGACGAGGAAAGCAAGACACGCUCGGCCAAGCGGCGACAGGAGCCCGAAGACAGAGACCAUGGCCUCACUGUGA